AUGGCGCAGUGGAAAAAUAAUGGUAACUUGAGUGCGAUGACACCUAGAGUUGCGAAGGUGAGUUGGAGCGUAAAGCCUUACCGUGUUCCAAAAGGAAGUAUACAUGUCUCUCCUUCAUGGAUAUUCUCCACAGGGGAGAACUCAGAUCCAGCCAUUACUAUAAAAGCUAUUGGGCAUCAAUGGUACCUCAAAUAUUCAUUCUACCACAGAAAAAAAGGCUGGAGUCCUCGGAUACACGUGGAAACACAGUUCAUUUUCCCAUUGAUAGACCUUGAAGGCAUCGACGAGGACCCAAUCAAACACAAAGAGAUUGUGGACGAAGUUCGAGAUGCAUCAGAGACGUGGGGUUUCUUCCAAGUGGUUAAAAAUGGGAUUCCAACAUCCGUCUGGGAAGAAAUGCUGCAAGGAACACGAGAGUUUUUUGAACAAGAUGUUGAGGCUAAGAAACAGUACUACACUCGAGAUACUACGAAAAGGGUGAUUGAUACUAGCAAUUUUGAUUUGUAUAGCCCUUCUGUUCCAGCUGCAAAUUGGGGAGACACACUUUUCUGUUUAAUGGCUCCUGAUCCUCCCAGUCCAAAAGAAUUGCCAACAGCAUGCGGAAGGUCUUGGUCUCAAUCGUUGCCAUCUCAAGGAUAUGGAUUGCGCGGAGGGGCUAGGUAUUUUGGGACAUUACUAUCCAGCAUUCCCCAGCCAGAACUCGAGAUAGGCACCAACAAACAUUCUGACAAUGAUUUUAUCACAGUGCUUCUACAAGAUCCUAUAGGAGGACUUCAAGUGCUUCACCAGAAUCAAUGGGUUAAUGUUCCUCCUACACCUGCAGGCUACUUAUAUCAAAUGACAAGUACACAAAUGUUGAGCACCGAGUAUUGGCAAAUAAAGCGGGACCAACAAUAUCAGUUGUAUGCUUCAUCUACACAGCUUUUAUCAGACAACUCAAGCGCUAUAAAAUAUCCUAAUGCACUAAUGAUUAGACUUGCUUCAAAACUGGUUAAAGUUGCAAAAGAAGAACAGGGGUGA